GAGUUAGAUUCAUGUUAAGGUUAUAAAUAUCAAUUUAUUUAAUUAAAUGAGUCAAGUUCAGAUCAAAGGUUUUGUAACCAGUUUAAGCUGACCUGAACCUGAACGAUUUGAUCCGUUUGCGGGCCUAAAAAUUAUAGGUAAAAGAUAUCCGUAAGGAAAAGGUAUUUCCUUUAGUCAUGUGCUACGCACGUGAUUUAGCUUUUUCUUCAAUCCCGCUUUGCUCGUCGUUGCCGGCCGAAGAAAUACAUGAAAACCCACUGUUAUGAAAUUCCCCAAAUCCCAAAACCCUAAUCUGAUCUUGAUUAGGGAUAUUUGUCGAUUCCGCAACCUGCCAACGAGAUCCUCCUCGUCGUUCUAAUGGAUUUUUCCGAAUUGGAAGAAAUCGAAGGCCUACGCUGGUCGUGGCACUCAUGGCCGGUCUCCAAGCCCGAAGUCUCAUCGCUGGUGGUUCCACUCUCCAUUAUGUGCACUCCAUUGACGCCUUUCACCGAGCUUCCGAUCCUCCCUUACGAACCGAUCUGUUGUUCCCAAUGCGCCGCCGUAUUGAACCCCUAUUCUCGCGUCGAUUACGCAUCCAAAAUCUGGGUGUGCCCCUUCUGCAACCGGAAGAAUCCAUUCCCGAGAUCGUAUGCUCAUAUUAACGAGAACAACAUCCCAGCGGAGCUUUUCCCCACUUACAGCACCAUCGAGUAUCAUUUGAGCCACGGUAAUGUGUCGGGCUCGGGUUCGGGCUCGGGCCUAGGGUUUGGAAGAAGUGCGAGUGGGCAAUUAGGUUUGAGAUCGAAUAGUAGUUCGUUUUCGAGUAUUUCGUCUUAUUCUGCUUCGGGAUUAGGUUUGGAUGGAGCAGGGGCCGUGGUUGGGGUUGGACCUGCAUUUGUGUUUGUUGUCGAUGGCUGCACGUCGCCGGAGGAGCUCCAGGUGCUGAAGAUGGAAUUGCUGCACACGAUCACGCGGUUGCCUGAGAAUUCGUUGGUUGGUUUGGUGGUUUUCGAUGCCAUGGCGAGGGUUUAUGAUUUGGGAUUCACAGAUUGUUCCAAGGUUGUAGUCUUCCAUGGUGAGCGUGAGGUUUCAUCGGAACAGGUUAAACAGUUUCUAAGGCUCCACCACGUCAAGCAGUCGCUGGGAAAAUCGCCAACAGUAAAACAGCAGGGCUUUCUAUUACCGGUUGCCGAAUGUGAAUUCAACAUCAUGAAAGCAAUCGAAGAAAUCGAUUCGUCACCUCUUAUCAAGCCGAGGCAUCGGCCUCUACGAUCUACAGGGGUUGCGAUAUCAGUAGCCGUAGGCCUUUUGGAAGGAUGCUCGAUAAACACCGGUUCACGAGUGAUGGUCUUCACAUCGGGACCCGCAACUGUCGGCCCGGGAGCAAUCGUCAGCUCCGACUACGGCGAUUCUAUCAGGACUCACCGAGACAUCAACACUGGUUACGCCUCCUUCCAUAAAAGAUCGAGCAACUUCUACAAGCAAAUAUCUAGGAGAUUAUCUGAUUCAUCCAUCGUUCUUGAUCUGUUCGCCUGUUCUCUGGAUCAGGUCGGAGCCGCUGAACUAAAAGUCCCGGUCGAGAGUUCCGGCGGUUUCAUGAUGCUAGGGGAGACAUUCGAAUCCGAGCAGUUCAGAAAAUGCCUCCGCCACCUAUUUCACCGCGACGACGAUGGAAAUCUGAAGAUGUUCUUUGACGCAACGAUAGAGGUCGUGACUAGCAACGACGUGAAAUUAAACGGAGCCCUCGGCCCCUGCAUUUCCGUCAAAAAGAAGAACGAUUCCGUGAGCGACAAAGUGAUCGGCGAAGGCGGCACCCACGUUUGGAAAACGGGCACCGUUACUCCGAAAACGUGCAUCGCGUUCUUCUUCGAAGUUGCGAACGAGCAGAAAGCUCAGCCCGGCUCGGCUUUCUUCAUACAGUUCAUAACACGUUACCGAUACAGCAACACGGGGCUUCGAAAACGGGUAACCACGGUCGCAAGAAGAUGGGUUACGAAACACUCGCCCGAAAUUGUUUCUGGAUUCGACCAGGAAGCCGCGGCUGCGGUAAUGGCGAGGCUCGCGAUCGACAUGGCCGAGCGAAACUUAUCCGAAGAAGUCAUCAGAUGGCUCGACAAGAACCUGAUACGGUUCGCGUCGAAAUUCGGGGAUUACGUCCAGGAAGACCCCUCCAGCUUCCGUCUAUCGACGAACUUUUCUCUGUUCCCGCAGUUCAUGUACUACCUGAGACGAUCCCAAUUCAUCGACGUCUUCAACAGCACUCCCGACGAGACGGCGUUUUUCCGACUGAUGUUGAACCGGGAUGCCGUCAUCAACUCUCUUAUCAUGGUUCAGCCGACGCUUUUCCGGUAUUCAUUUGAUGGGCCGCCGGUCCCGGUCGUGCUCGACGUCUGCUCGAUCUCCCCCGAUGUGAUCCUGCUGUUCGACUCGUUUUUUCACGUCGUCGUUCACUACGGUUCUCGGAUUGUCCAGUGGCGAAAGCUGGGGUACGAUCGGGAUCCCGCCCACGUAAGUUUGAAGAAGCUGUUGGAAGCGGUCGAGGUCGACGCCGGGCAGUUGGCCGGAGAGAGGAUUCCGGUGCCGAAGCUGAUCAAGUGCGAUCAACAUAGCAGCCAGGCAAGGUUUCUUCUGGCGAAGCUGAAUCCUUCAGUUACGCAGAACUCGAGCGGUGCGGCGGAGGGCGCCGAGAUCGUGUUUACGGACGAUGUGAGCUUGCAGGUGUUCAUCGAACACUUGCAGGCUCUGGCCGUGCAGGGUUAGGGUUUAGGGUUAGGGUUUGAGGGUUGAAGAUGAAGCGAGGUUGAUGAGUGUACGGAAGUGUUGUAGUUGAGAAUUCACUUUGUAUUUAUACUUUUUUUUUUUUUUUUUUUUCUAUAAGUGUAUAGGAGAUUUAGGGUGUGUUUUGGGGUGUAUUUUUGGAUUAUUUUUUUUAAUGGAAAAUUAUGGGGUGUUA